GGAGGAGAAGAAGCGCACUGAGAGCAGGCAAACAACGGCGCUGAAAUAGGGCAGUAAAUAUCAAACUUGGCGAAAGUGGACGAGUGCAGCGGAAUUAUCGACGGCGUCUGGUCCAACUUUGGAGGAGUAAUUCACGCAGAGUCGGUGUGAAGUGCUGUUUUUGUUAUCAGACAAUCCACAGCUGUUACACCCUGUCAGAUUUCCCGACCUGUGAGACUGCUGAUGUCAAUUGAUGUCAAAAGCUAGGGGGUUUUUAAUCUCCCUCACACACACAGAUUCAGCUGACAAGUGUUAAACUUUAGAAUAUUAGCUGCCAUAAUUUGAGCGGUGCAACAAAAAAAGAAAAGGUCACGGCUGUCAAACUUUAUGCCGUUUCAGUUGUCACCGCGCUCAGACGCUGCAAAUUAGCAGCGCAGUCACACAGUGGCUCUCCACAUUGCCACAGAAGCUGAAAUCAACUAGUUUAUGCUUCACAUUUCUGCGGUGGAUUUAGUGUCUUUGAGCCUGGGCUGAUAAUACAGUCUAAGAACUCAUUUGCACAGUCUGCCAACUCAUACAGUGCUCUAUAUCCUCUUUAUUUAUUCAUAAAUUCAGCAACAGGAUAUAGUAAGACGUCAGCUUUCCAUACUAAUAGAAACACCUGUUGCGUAUAGCCCAGGUGACUCCCUGGAUCCUUUAGACUCAGUGCAUCAAAUUCAGGCUUUUUUGUUUUGCAAUGCAAUAUUUAUAGGCCUAUGUUUAGCAGGCAGAGCACAAAUGCCUUCAGUUUGACUCGUAUCUACUAGAACAGCGUCUUAACCAACAAUGGAUCAUAACCUCCUGUAAGUCGUCACCUGUCUCAGGUAGGGUGAGGCCUCUGAGUGGGGUGCAGGAGGUGCAGCAGUGGCAGACAAUCUGAUCGGCCGGGCAGCCUGUCGGUCAUGCUGUCGGGGGUGCAGCCGUGCUUCCAGUUGCUCCGGAUCGGCUCGGCGGCGGGCGACUCGGCCCGGGACCUGUACACGUUCCGGCCGGCGCUGAGCCAGUCGGUGUUCCGCCUGGGCCGGGCGGCCGAGCUCUGCGACGUCACGCUGGACUCGGCCUCGGUGUCCAGGAUCCACGCCGAGCUGCACGCUGAGAGGGAGGGGGGCGCGGGGGACGCCGCACCGCAGGAGGAGGGCUGGAGGGUCCACAUCAAAGACAGGAGCAGCCAUGGCACCUGGGUGAACGAGGUCCGCCUCCAGCCUGGUGUCCAAUGGGAGCUCUCCGAUGGCGACACGCUGAUCUUUGGCGGCCAGUCGGCGCCCGGGAGCCCGGAGUUCUACUUCCUGUUCCAGAAGGUCAAAGUUCGCCCGCUCGAAUUUGAUGCCAUCACAAUCCCAAAGGCGGGCACCUUCUCCUCUGACCUGCAGAAUCGGAUCAGGACCAGCCUGGACCGGAAAACGGCGCCCAACCUCGACCUGUCCAAGCUGUCAAUCAACCGGGCGACGGUCAUCCUCAACUCGAUCGGCAGCCUCAGCAAGAUGAGGGGCAGCGCCUGGACCUUCAAGAGGAGCGACAGCCACGGGGGCAACACCUCGGACCCCGGCUCGUCCUCCUCGCCUCCUCUGAUGGGCUUCUCCUCCCUGCUGCCUCCCUCCACGCCGCCGUCCUUCCCCUCUGCGGGUUCGAUGCCCUCGACAAAAUCUCUGCCGCAGUCGUCCCGGAGCAGGAGGAAGUCAGCGCACACCGUGCUGCUCGAGGACGACAGCUCCGAUGAGCCCCGAAGCCGAGCAGCCGUGGGAGUGGCGCUGGAGGACGGACAGAGAGCCAGGGCGAGGAAGAGGAGGCGGCUCUACAAGUCGGAAUCGGAGGGUUUCAGCUCACCUCCCGCUCUGCCGCUGCAGCUCAAGAGCCAGAGCGACGUCAGACGGCCGCUGGACGCCAAGCCCUUCCCCGUCGGCACCAGGACCAUCGGCAGCUUCCACGGAGCCAUGACCAACAGCAAACUGAACCAGCACCUCCACCAGGCGUCCUUCACCAGCCUCGCCGUUCACAAGCAGGAGCUGGAGACGCAGCACAUCCGGAUGACGACGCACGCCGGCAUCCCGGUGUUCCGCCAGCAGAAAACCGCCUUCUCUUCCUCUGCGCCGCGGGGGAGGCGGCGGGCUCACAGCUCGCCUGUGUACUCCCCUCUGGUGGUGGGAGGCGAGAGCUACAACCUAGCGUCGCCCUCGGUGAGAAUCUGUGCCGAAGAGAGAGGCCGGGCGCAGUUUAACAGAUUCCACCUUGCCACGAGCAAGCGACGGGGGCGUCCCAGAAAGCACCCUCUGCCUCCCCGGCCCUCCCUGCCCUCUCCAUCCUCCUCAUCCUCCUCAUCUACCUCUUCAGCUUCCUCUUCCUCCAGCUCCUCCUCUUCCUCCUCCGAGGGCGAAGACGACGACGAUGAGGAGGAGGAGGAGGGCCUGUCGGGGGUGGUGGAGCCGUGUGCGGCCCCGCGGUGCCGCCUGCCCCAGCAGGACACGGUGCAGUGGAUCCAGUGCGACGUGUGUGACGCCUGGUACCACAUAGACUGCCUGCAUGUUGAUCGCAAGAAGCUCCUGAUGGACCCCAACGCCGACUUCCACUGCGGCUGCCGCUGACCGGGCAGGGCGAUGAAACUGAAUGAAAUGUUUCUGUUUAGUUACCACAUGUCUUAACCUCUCUGCAAGAAUUUAUUGCCAUACCUGGAAAUCACAGCAGCACGGACUCUCACUGUGGUGGCUUCUGAGAUGAUUUUUUUUUGUUGUCGUUGUUUCUUUGUUGUUCUUUUUAAAGCUUUACCUAGGGAAAGUUUCUUCUCCAGCCCUGCCCCUGCCUCAUGUUCACAGUUGCCCAGCACAACCAGUCUCGUCUUAAUGGUCACUGAGCAGCUUUGCCUGAGUGAAGUAGGAUUAAAUGCUUUGCUCCCUCCUCAACAAUCAUCAGUGAGGGCGGAGAAGAAAGAGUUUGAUCCACGUUCUACAUGCCGAUCUUCCCCAGCCACACUCAGGAUUCAUACCGGUAACUUCACAGUCAGGAAGCUCAACUGCGAUGAAAUGACUCAGGGCCGACUUCAUUAUGGCGAUGGCCGGCUGCAGAAGUGUGUUUAGGACAGCAAAACCUGAUGAAAUGUUUCCGAGCAAACUCCCACUGCAGGUCCUGCUGACUAGGGGGUGAGCAGCGUUCAGGAAGAUUAAUGAAAUGUUUCGUGCUGGCUGGCCGUGGCCGGGAGUCUAUUCAUGCCGAUUAAACUUCCUGAAAGGUUUCAGUGCAGCCACCGUCACUAUUUCACCAGCCAACUUUAUUUUCCAAACAGAACAGGACCUCCUAAGAACAGCUGGUCAGCUGUCAGAAUGGUUAGAUGAGGAAAACCCGGCACAGACCUGGUGUGUUCCUGCCGCAGAGAUUGUAAAACUUGAUGAAAUAUUUCAGUGCAUCUCUCCUGCAUGGCUGUCGCUCGCUCCGGGUUGGCUGUGAUGUUCAAGACAAUUAAACACCAGGGAAAUGUGUCAGCAGACUUCCAUUGUUGCUGCUGAUGAGAGGUGCAUUCGGGACACUAAUCAAAUAUUUCAAGGCACCUCCACAGCAGCAGCUGCUGGCUUUUGUGUACAGUGGGACAGUGUUCGUUAUAAAAUCUUUCAGUGCUGGCUGGCACUGUGGCUGCUGCUGGCUUGGGGGAGCUCAUUACUUACCGAAUGUCAUGAAAUAUCAUCUGUUGAUAAAACUGCAUAAAGAGAUUCCUGUCUCUAAGAGCUAGUUGAGAAAAUUGCAUUACCCCCUCCGACUAGUGGGAUGAGUUAAUGUCAUUUUUCUCUGGAUAUCUGGAAUGAUUUUGAGGUUCAGGCCUUCCCUUCAGCUCCAUCUCCCCAUCAUACAUCUCUUCACACUACUGAGCAAUGCUCUUAAGAGUCAACAGGGGUGUUUCUGUCCUGGGCCAGUUUGGCAGUGAAGAACAACCCAGUUUGUUCCAGCCGCGCUUAACACAAAGUAGGUAUAUAUGCAUCCUCUGAGGUGCUGGCUGAAUGGAAUACAAUAGACAGUGUUGAGCCCGCAGUGCAACACCAAAGCACCUUUUAUUUAAUCUCAAACUUCAACUCGGGCUGGCUCACCAGGACAAAAACACUGUCUUUUUGUCUUACUAAAAAGGUGUUUUUCAGUGUUGGCAGUUGAUGUGCUUUCUCUUGUUCUGAACUGCUCGUAUAAUUUCCAUAAUAGUUUUCAGAGCAGUUGUGAUAAACGGUCGUGUUAAAAUACAAUUUGCCUGGGCGGGUGUCGGCAGCAGUCAGGCCUGUUUGACCGUGUAGAAAGACAUCCUCCAAUUUCGCCUUGAUCAUAUCACUUUGACAGGCCUGCAAUUUUUGCCUAAAGUGAAAUGAGAGUGGAGAGAAAAAUGUAUGGAAACUUGAUUCUUGUACAGUGCGAUAAGGAAAAAAAAUAUAUAAAAAUAUAUUUUUUUAACAUGCUUACAGAUGACAUUGUGGACUGUCUUCCUGCAGGAGGAACGCUCAAACUGCAGAUCGCCUUUCUGCACAGCCAAAUCUGAAUAUCUCGUUCUAAGGCGGCUUGGAGAAAAGAUUAGAAAUAAUGCAGCGACGCUGUGGCUGUGCUCACCAUGCAGAUCACUGGUUAGGCUACAACGAAACGCCUCAGCUGUCAGCACAGCUCACUAAUGUUGAUUCCAAAGUUGAAAAACAAAUAUGAAAUCCAUGACGACUGGGUUAGGAUCAAUCAUUUUCAGUUAAGUGAUUAAGUUCAUCCAUUAAAAACAAUGGUCAUUAAAGUUCAUACACCUUCUCUGUAUUCAAAUUAACCGAUGUUCUAUUACUAUCUAACCAAUACUAGUUUCACAACACUUUGAAAUAAUUGCAAUUGAAAUUGUAUUGACCUCUGCCCUGUUGGAUAAAGGUAACACUGUUCUUCAUUAUGGGGUUGUGAUGAUAACUUUAUGCAUGUCACUAUGAACAGCAACAGCAGAUGAGUUUUUUUUUUUUUUUUUUAAAUGCAGUGAGGUUACAUCCCCUUCGCUGCAGUAACAGAGUACCUCUGUAAUGCUGCUCUUCCACCGCAUGCUACCAGCUCAACUCUACUCAGUUCUGUUUGCUUUACUUUCCUAGAUUCGGUUUUCCACUGCAGACUGUACUGCCUUAUGGUGAAGCCAUAAGGCAGUGUGUGGUUAAUUAAAAAAAACAAAAAACAAAACAGCUCAAUAUGGCUGCUUCACAUGAACAAUAAGCAUAAGUACAAGUAAAAUCCAUGUGAAAAAUAUUCACAUGGAUAGAUUAUCAACUGUGAAACUAUGAUACAAGUUUCGCUGUUCAAUUUCUUUCUGACCAAUCGGUAGUGGCACUGUGUACCAGCUACUAUCCACAACUUUCGAACAAUGGAAAACCAAAACUUGAGUUGAGUUGAGCCUGUGCCACGCAGCGGACAAGGGGCAAAACUCUUCAGCAUAAAAUCACAAUGCUGUGAUACAGUUGACAUAGUCAGCCCUGUCAAGUACACAUCAUUUACCCAGGUAAAGAAAAAAAAAAUCUGAUUAGAGCCGGGAGUUUCUCUGUGUUCUUGUUAUCUUCAGUCGGUGCAUUUUGUUAAAAACUCAGUGAUUUUUGUUUGCCGUUUCAUCAGCCGGUCGGACUGUAAUUGUUCACUGCAGUUAAAAUCUUCCUCAUGAGGACUUUGGUUUCCAGCUCUUCCAUGCAGUUGCCUGUUUGUGUUCUCCAUGCCUCAGCAACGCUCAGCACAGAAUGUGUCGUCUUCAGCACAUCUCCGGUGUCUCAUGUCGGGUGGAUCCUGUGUGUAGUGGCUUUUGGUGUGAACCUGUGUCUGCAUGUAAGGCGCCUUUCAUGUGGUGUGUGGAAAACAGGCACAGUGAUUGAAAGUUUUUUUGGGGGGUAGACAAACACCCUCCGAAGUGUUAAAAGUCACAUCCUUUCAAAGAGUGAACACUUUUUAAUUGGCUGAAAGUAGGAGCUGGCAGUGUGACGCAGGCCUUCACGACCAAAAAGAGUAUAAGAGACAUAACCACAAUUAUUGUCCUCGUGUGCAUUUUUCUGUCCUUUUUCUUUUCUUCCUUUCUUUCAAGUGUUUUGUCCAGCGGUCAUACUGACAUUCAUGCUCCUUCAGCUCGUCACACUGCUGCCUCUACCUUUAAGGCCAAGAUACUCAUUCACAUCACAUUUCAUUACAUUUUGAGGCAUUUUUCAUGGGUGCUUUCCCUUUCGGACAAACUAGGGUUUGAAUAACAUUUUUUUUUCCCCUUUCAAGUCAUUUACAAAACUUUUCUACUGAAACGGCCCAUAGCUAAUGUGUUGUUGACAAAGAUACCCUUUUCCACCCAACAUAUUAUUAAGCAUAGAAGCUAAUUAUGCCAGUUUUAAGAAGCAAACCGAAUCAGAGGCAGGGGAGCUCUGCGAUAGUUUACCACAGUAUAAAUUUACAUGAAAGAUUACUCAACAGUUAAGUGUGCAAAGAAAACAAACGGUCUUUGCAGGUUUUAUAGACUUAGUUUAUGUCGCUGUAGUCAUCAUAUUACCAGUGCAUGACUGGUUUAUACCCAGUAAUGAAUUAAAGGACAGUAUCUGCUCCAUAUAGCAGCUUAACUUUAUGACCAGCAGAACUCUGCAGGUCUGUGCUGUUUCCCAUUUGCAUUGCCUCGGAAGAAAAAUUGUCCCGUAACAUUUCUUUAUAGGCUCAUUGAAAUGUUACAUGGUUGAUGGUGUUAAACUAGUUUGUGCCAUCUACAAAAUGUUGAGUGCACUUAAAAGCACAGUGAAUUCAAUGAUCUACUGUUGCGGUCGCGCUUAAGAGCAUCAGGUAAACGGCGUAUUGUCAAAUACUGGACACCAAAGUGAAAGUGAAGCAUGAAAUGGAAGUUAAUCAAAGGGAUUGUUUGCCUGCAUUGGGGUUUACUCCUUUGAAACCAGAUAACACAAACCAAUUUCACAGAGAGCACUAAAUCUAAAAAUCUACACGACUUGCUUGUUUUCCACACCGUUCACUUUAAUGAUCAUCACAUUAACAUGCAGAUAUAACGCAGUUUGACUUUGUUGGGUUUAUGGGAUUGUACAGAAUGGAAGCAUUUCUUGUAAUUCUCUGAGAUGCCAUCGGCUUUGGUCAUCAAAGUUAUCAGGGAAGAAAUAAAGAUUAUUCAGUGAU